AUGACGAUCUGCAGUGUCUGUCGCGACUUCCAUCUGGCUCGCUCUUUUCCAGACGCUCCAGAAGACUCUGGUUGUGCGGCUCACUCGACAACAGCCUGUCUAAAUUGCUGGCAAAGAUGGAUUUCGAAUGAACUCAAGCGGGUGCAACCUGGUGAGCUUCGCUGCUUUGAAUGCCAGGCGAUCUUGAAGGAGAGUGAUGUGAAGCUGAGGGCCACGGUUGGCACAUACGAGCGGUACAUGCAGCUUGUUGCGUUUAUCAAUCGACCGCCACUCCAGGGCACAUAUCGAGAGUGCCUAAGGGCGACAUGCGAUUCCGGUCAGAUUCAGCCUGACGACUACUCGACGUUUCAAUGCCAAUCGUGCACUCACAAGCACUGCGUGCCCUGCCAGAUGCCUUUUCACGAAGGAGUGAACUGCGAGGCGCCGCUGCUCGAGCGUAAGCGAGCCGGUGUUCGGUUUGAGGUCAUUUGGAAGGGAAAGAUGCACAGCAUGCGUCAGGCGCAUAAGUCGGAAGAGGAUGCCACUGGGGAGGUUCUGGACAAGACGUGUAAGAAUUGUCCUGAACCGAGCUGUGGCGUGAAGAUCAUGAAGGCAGGUGGCUGCGAAAUGAUGGAGUGCUACAAGUGCGGUCUCAGUUUCUGCUGGCUCUGCCUAGCUCCUCAGAGCAAUGUUGAAGACCAUGGCAGCGCAGGCCACAAAGACGACUGCCCUCUCUGGCGACGCCCAGGCAUCGUCGGUCCUCAGCACGUCGACAUCGACAACGCAGAGGACCUCCUCGCGUUAGGAUUGCAGCUCGACGAAGAGGAAGAUGAAGAGAUCUAUGGCGGGCCAGAUGACUUUCUUGCGAACCUGCAGGCUUUCCAUCUUUUCAGAGGGCAUCGACUAACCCAAGAUGGUGAUGAGGCAGAGCCAGCGGCACGCAGGCCACCUACGCCAGAAUUCGCCGCUCUUUGGGGAUCUGGGAAUUGA